AACCUCGCAGGCGGGAAAACGCCGCUUUCCCAGUCAUCACGGCAGCCCGAGCCUGGCAGACUGGGCUUGGCGAAGCGUACGAGGCGGGAAGAAGCUCCUCCUUGCGGCCGAGAAGCAGCCGCGGCCCCGCUCCGCCUGGAGCCAUUCUUCUGGGUAUCAAACUGUUUCUACCAUGUCCAGCUUCUUCAGUUUGCGUUGUGUCAAAUUUGGACGUUUCCUGAGGGCUUUGGACAUUGUCUACAGAAGGAUAUGAAGACUCAUUUCACCCAUUCACUUUUUGCUGCUCGUAAUGGAUUCCAGAUUCCUGAGUUUCCUUCAGAAGAUGAUUUCCAUGUGCAUUGUCUCUUCCAUAAAUGGUACCCUCUGGGUCUCUUCCUGGGAAUUAAGGACAUAAUCCAACAGCACAUCCGGGCUUUCCAAAAUGAUUUUAAAUAAAAUGUUACAUGCUUUGCUAUGGUUCUCAAUAGUAAUGUGGAUGUCCAGUUUAGCGGCCAUUCCUCGUUUACCACUUUGCACAAUGAAUCCCAUACAACCGAAACCUGAACAUUUGACCUGCAUUUUUUAUUACUCUGACAUCUCCUCUAACUACACUCUUACUUGCAACUGGACUGCUAGAGAAGAAGCACACACUGGAACAACUUACACUCUCACAAGAAAAAGCAAGAGUGGUCAAAUUAAGGGUCAUUGUACCAGCAGAAAUGGUUCGUGUUCUAUAUAUGAUGUUCCGUAUGCUGUUCCUAUUUGUCUUGAGCUAAAGGCAGAAAAUCAGAAGGAAGAAGUGAAGCCUGUUCAUUUUAAUACUAAAGAGAUAUUGAAGCCUGAUCCUCCUGAGAUAAGUAAAGUAGAGCCAAUUGCAGGGAAGAAGCAAAUGCUACGAGUUUCCUGGAAAAGACCUCAUAGUACACCAAAACACGCUAAGCUGAAAUGCCAAAUUCACUACACAGCAACAACAAAAAAUCACACCGACUAUGCAAAUGUCAAUGAAAGUGAAGAGUAUAAUCUCACGAAUCUGUGGGAUUUUACAACUUAUAUUGUUGUCAUUCGGUGUACUCUUGUUGUGUCAAGAGUCUGGAGUGAAUGGAGUGCUAAGAAAACAGGAACGACAGAAGAACAAGCGCCUUUGACGGUAAACCUAUGGAGAAUAAUCAAGUCUGAUCAGUUUACCAAUAACCGAAUUGUACACCUUUUGUGGAAGGAAUGUAAAGAAUUCCCAUGUUCAGGAAUAGUGAAUGGAUAUAGAGUAAAAUACUUUGUUGAAAGCAAGGCUUCCCCUAAUCAUACAAAAAACAUUAGUGACAAUAAUGUCACUCUCAACCUGACCAAGGAAGCCCAUGUAAUAAGUGUUACUGCUUUUAAUGAAGCUGGAGAGUCUCCUGAGGCAACACUGAGAAUCCCAUCAUUCCAUGAAGAAACUGAUCCUGAAUGGAUUGUUUCUCUUAAGGCUUCUGUUUUGGAGGAACAAAUGUUUUUGGAAUGGGAAACAAGCGAUUUAGAAAUACAGAACUAUAUUAUAGAAUGGUACUAUGAGCCAGAUUCAAUUAAGAGAUCAUGGCAAAAGGUAACAAACAUCACAAAAUGGACAUCACCAAAAGGAGCCUUCAUACGUUUUAAAUAUUACUACGUUUCUGUAUAUCCCUUGUAUAAAGGUGAAAUAAAAAGUCCACGUUCCACAAGAGCUUACUUUCAUGAAGGAAUCCCAGAAGAGGGCCCUUCAGCUGAAGAAGUAGAGAAUAUUGGUAAAAAUGAGGCUAUUAUAAAGUGGAAGGAAAUACCAGAAGCAAAGAGAAAUGGUCUCAUUAUGAACUACACUGUAUUUUAUAAAGCUGAGGAUGGAACAGAAUUUGGAGAAACUGUGAAUUCCAGUGUUCUACAAUACCGAAUUAAGUCCUUGCAAGCUAACACUAAAUACACAGCUCAUGUUAUGGCAAACACCAGUGCCGGUGGAAAGAAUGGGACAGCAACCACUUUCAUCACCAGUCAACUUAGUGUGCUAUAUAUUGUUCUUACACAUGUCAUUGUUGGAAUAUUCAUGCUUUGCCUACUGAUUAUUGGCAUACUGGUAGCUAGAAAACGACAUGCGUUAAAAAAUGCUUUAUGGCCUAAAAUUCCUCAUCCUCAUAUUACAAUGAUUUUCAACAUGGAUCAGCAGCCAAUACCCUUGAGAAGCUCGCCUUCUGUGGAUGAAACAUACCCUGCUAUUUUGGAAAUCCAACCUUGUUUCAAGGAUCAUAAUAAAUUAGAGUUGCCAAAUUCUGAAGAUUGCCUCAAAGGGACAGAUGGCAUUGCAGAAGUUGUGGCCGACAGCAAAGGCAUUUUGUGGAACAGAGAACACGAAGCUCUUCCAUCAACUUCCUAUGUAGAACAUGAUUGUAAGAGUCCCACCAUGAAAGGGAUUUCCAUAUGCUAUGAAAACAAGGAAGCUCAAGAACAGUCAGAUUCAAAGGAGGAAACUAAAAUUAAUCCUUAUUUGAAAAACUCAGUCUUCACAAGAAAGUUCGUAGUUUCUGAGAACUUGGACCAAAAUACAAAAGCAGCUAACAUUCAGCCUGUUUCCAUGACCUCUGGUUUGCCAAACAGCAAUGGGCAGCAGUAUGUGGCACUAGAGACGUUUCAGCUAUUCCCAACACAUUAAAAAACUGUCAGAUAUUUUAAAUGCCUCAGCAUAGUAUGUAAUGCCAAGAAGUAUAUGACUCCUGCUUGCUAAAUGAACUACUAAAGCAAAUUUCAAACUGGA